CUUCUAGUCACGCCUACACACCCACCCAUUCUAGUUAACAAAAGUACAAAACAAUUAGUAUACUGUACUAAACAAUCGUUCAACAGGACAACUCAAUUACCGGAAACCAAAACACAAUGACAACAUCUCUAAUCUCAUCAUCAUCAUCAUCACCAUCAUCAUUGUCAUUACCAUUAUCAACAUCAAAAAAUAGAAUUUAUAAUAGUUCAACACAAUUCAAUAAUAAUAAAACCCCCAAUUCAUUUAUUCAUCCUCCAACCAUCAAACCCAGCACCUGUUUUUCUUCAAAAUCAACAAGAUUCUUAUCAUUUUUACCUUCCAAAACAAUUAUAAAAGCAGCAGCAACAGCUGAAGUGGUAUCAGAAAUCCCAUAUCCGAAAAUUGGGGCCCAGACAGUUGGUCCCACUAUUUCAUCUGACCAUCUUCUUCAAAAUGUUCAACUUGCUGCCCAAACCGGUGCUCAGGUUGUCAUGGAAGCUGUAAGCAAGCCUAGGAAUAUUAGCUAUAAAGGACUCACUGAUUUGGUUACCGACACAGAUAAAAUGAGUGAGGCGGCCAUUCUUAGUGUUGUGAGAAAGAAUUUCCCGGAUCACCUUAUUCUAGGAGAGGAGGGAGGGGUGAUUGGCGAUUCCUCUUCUGAUUAUCUUUGGUGCAUCGAUCCGUUGGAUGGGACGACAAACUUUGCUCAUGGAUAUCCCAGCUUUGCAGUCUCAGUUGGAGUGCUCUUUAAAGGAAAGCCAGCUGCUGCUGCUGUGGUGGAGUUUGUUGGAGGCGCCAUGUGCUGGAACACACGAACAUUCUCUGCAGUUUCUGGUGGAGGUGCAUUCUGUAAUGGACAAAAGAUACAUGUUAGUCAGACAGACAAUGUUGCACGAUCUCUACUUGUGACUGGGUUUGGAUACGAACAUGAUGAUCCAUGGGCUACCAACAUGAACUUAUUCAAAGAAUAUACUGACAUCAGCCGGGGUGUGCGAAGACUGGGUGCAGCUGCUGUAGAUAUGUGUCACGUUGCUCUUGGCAUUGUAGAAGCAUACUGGGAAUAUCGUCUAAAACCUUGGGAUAUGGCUGCUGGUGUUUUGAUAGUUGAAGAAGCUGGCGGGGCAGUUUCUCGUAUGGAUGGUGGAAAUUUUACGGUGUUUGACAGAUCACUAUUGGUUUCAAAUGGUGUAUUGCAUUCUAAGCUUCUAGAGAAAAUUGGACCUGCUACAGAGGAACUAAAAGGCAAGGGAAUCGACUUCUCUUUAUGGUACAAGCCAGAUGAUUAUAACACAGAAGUAUAAUUAACAUCGCGUAUUGCUGUCACUAUAUGUUCUAGUUUUCUUUUUUCUUUUUGUUUUACACUUGCUUUCUGAUCCUCCUAUGCUACACAAAUCAAUAAUCCAAUAAGCACACUUAUUCUGAGUCA